GUUUGCCGACACUGCAAAUCCCGCAACCAUCGUCCGWACGGAGAGUUGCGACCAUUACCGGUCCCCUUGUGGCAAAGGGAAGCGAUUGCCAUGGACAUUACCGGCCCGUUCCCCAAGCACAAGACCAGUGUGGAUGGGAUUCUCACGGUGGUCGACCGACUCACCAAGUUUGCCAUGUUUUUGCCUUGCCGCUAUCAUGCCAAGGCACCGGAGUUGGUCGAGGUUCUUUACGCGAGUUGGAUUCGAACUAAGGGUUACCCCAAGGAAAUCGUAUGCGACCGCGACACUCGGUUCAUGUCCGAUUUUUGGUUGGCACUCGUCAAACGAUGGGGCUCAUCUCUCAAACCAAUUUCGGCUCGCCACCCGCAAACCGAUGGCCAAAUGGAGAGGGCGCAUCAGACCGCGCAGGUUCUCCUUCGCACUCUCAUCCGCCCCGACCAAAAGGAUUGGGUUGAGCGGUUGCCGGAUGUCGAGUUGGCCUGCAACUCGUCCAUCCACCCGACUAUCGGGAUGUCGCCCUUCGAGUUCGAGCACGGCUCGCCGGUCGCUUCGCCAUUGGACACAAUCAUUCCACGAACGGCCGAGAGCGACGACAAUCUUCUUUUCUUGCGUCAGAUGCAAGAGCUACUUGUCAAGGCACGCGACCAGAUGGCCAAGACACAGCAAUGCAUGAGCCGACAGACCAUUCACCAGCGUCUUCCUUGCCCAUUCCGCGCUGACGAUCUCGUUUGGGUUUCCGCCGCGAAAUUCAGCCUUGAACAAGAUAUCUCUCGCAAGCUCCUCCCGAAAUGGAUGGGGCCCUGGUCGAUCGUGGCACCCGCUGGGGAUGCAUCCGAGGGACCUUCCUUCACUAUUCAGGUGUCAGCCCACUUGCUCGUUUACCCAGUCUUUCAUUGCUCCAAGUUGGCUCUUUACACACCAGCGGAACAUGACGAUCUUCCCAGGCGACGUUCGCCAGACCCACCCUAUAUGGACGGUUUUCAGGAGGUCGACGACAUCAUCUCCCAGCGACGAUACAGCAACAGGCCAACCGAUUACUUGGUACAUUUUGCGUAUUGCACUCACAAAGUUGACCGUUGGUUGACCCGUGCGGAACUCCAAGCAACAGCUCUGGAUGUUCUCGCACGCUACGAACGCAAAAUGCAAGGCAAGCCCGUAUCUUCGGCUCCACGUCGCACCCGCGUCCAGGUUCGGUUGCUGGGAUAUUGCAAUCGUAAAUGUCUUUGCUUGGUAUAUGAGUACUGCGCGAAUGGUUCGCUAAGCUUCAACCUCAGGAGCAGGCAAGGUCAUGUGCUGGACUGGUUGAGGAGAGUGCAGAUAGCACUGGAUGCAGCUGAAGGGCUGAAAUACAUACACACGCAGAUGCAGCCAACGUUUGUUCAUCGGGAUGUGAAGUCUGAUAACAUUCUUCUGGAUGCGAAUUUUAGAGGGAAGCUAGGAGACUUUGGGCUUGCAAGGGACGGCCCCACAGCGGCAACGACUUACCAAUGCGGCAGCUUUGGCUACAUACCGCCAGAGUAUACAAAGCAGAUCGGGAACCCCACCACAUAUGGUGAUAUCUAUGCUUUUGGAGUUGUGUUAUUUGAGAUUGUAACUGGACGUUUGCCCAUCGACAGACCAACAGAAGAUCAAACGUUCUUGCUUGCUGAUGAGGGCCCUUUGCUGUUGGGGCAUUCAUCUGGGGUCUAAUUCGUAAAGGCCCUUUUAAUCUCAGUUUAUUUUAACUCUCAAACUCUCAAAUGAACAUUAUAACUAUUG